GUGUCACAGUAUUUUAAAGCAGCUGCCACACAGGACACACCUCUCAGGAGGUGGCCAGCAGGAGCUGAGCAGAGACCCAGCCAGGACUUAAUCAUUACAUUUCGCUUCUGUGGACACCUUCAUUAAAGAUACCAAGAGACUGCUGUCAUGGCGGGGAAGCCCAAGCUCCACUACUACGAUGGACGAGGCAGGAUGGAGUCCAUCCGGUGGCUCUUGGCUGCAGCUGGGGUAGAGUUCGAAGAGAUAUUUUUACAAUCGCCAGAAGAUUUGGAUAAGUUAAGGAAUGAUGGGAGUUUGAUGUUCCAGCAAGUGCCCAUGGUGGAGAUUGACGGGAUGAAGCUGGUGCAGACGAGAGCCAUUCUCAACUACAUCGCCAGCAAACACAACCUCUACGGGAAAGACAUAAAGGAGAGAGCCCUGUAUUGCAGAAAGCCCAGUUUGACAGAAAAGAGAAGAAGGUCUCCUAGUUUCACAGUGUUGAUUGACAUGUAUGUAGAAGGCAUGGCGGACUGGAAUGAAAUGUUUAUUAUGCUAUUCGUCCAUCCCCGCGAGGAACAAGAUGCCCAGCUUGCCUUGCUCAAACAGAAAACAACAGAUCGCUAUCUCCCUGCCUUUGAAAAAGUGUUAAAGAGCCACGGACAAGACUACCUGGUUGGCAACAGGCUGAGCCGAGCUGACAUUCAACUGGUUGAACUUAUCUAUAACCUGGAAGAGUUUGAUCCCAGCCUUACCGCCAACUUCCCUCUGCUGAAGGCCUUGAAAACCAGAAUCAGCAACCUGCCCACUGUGAAGAAGUUUCUGCAGCCUGGCAGCCAGCGGAAGCCCCCCUUGGAUGCAAAAGCUUUAGAAGAAGCCAAGAAGAUUUUCAGGUUGCCAUAAAGCUGGUGCAGGGAUGAGGCACAUGCAAGACCAAUCUGCAGCAUUUUGCAGCCAUGGAGUGCUGGUAGAAUUGCUGAUGGUGACUACUGUGAAGCUAAUAAAUUUUUAAAAUCAUAUGCUAAUCAAGUCGUGAAAGUUCUAUGAUCUGACUUGUUAAAAUUCAUUGCUUUUCACUUAUUUUUAUUCCUUUUCAUUUAAGUCAGAUAUGAAAUGAGAUUUCCAAUGUCCUCUAACCUCUUCUCUCUUGGAAUUAAAUGGAUUGUGCAAAAGGAAAAUGUACAUUAUGUUGUUCACUUCCCAUUUCCAGAGAUUGUCCUGUGACAUUUGUUAUGUGACCUAUCAAAAAAUUAUGAAUGGAAAUUAGAAUUUGACACUUUGGGGUAUAAGCUGGAAAAGCGUUACUAUUCUGGGGAACAGCAUAACAGAAUUUUCUUCUUAUCUUGGAGAACCAUGUUAUUUCUGAUAAUAAAGAUCUGUCUUACCCACUUUCAAA